AUGAAUGAAGGAAAGAAAGAACAAAGGUCCACAGCAACGAUGAACACUGCCACCACCACCAUCACACAUAUCUCUUUUCUACUAAUUGCAGCACUCUUCUUCGUUCCUGUGUCCGAGGCUUCCAUUUUCAGCUGGAGAAAACGUCCAUUGAAGACAGUUACCCUAACGAAUAAUCAUACAAAUUAUCUGAGUGUCAGAUGCUAUAACUUCAACGACGCCCUUAGACUGCAGCAUUUAAAACCCAAUCAGCAAUUUAAGUUCAAUUUCCAAGUGAAUGGACUUCUUGCCUCAACAGCAAUGUACAACUGCUCAACAAAUAUGGGUGUGUUUGUGUCCUAUAGACAUGACUAUAUGUGCGGUAACGACACAAUCAACAAGUGUGACUGGAAGUUUGAUCUCAAAGGAACCUACCGAUACUCACCGACAUUAGGCGACUGGGAAUUCUUCGAUUAUAAUCCGAACUAUGAGUCUUUGUUUAGGGGAGGAGUUGUACAGAACAAGUAUACUAACAAGAAAUAA